AUGGCGUCAUGUGUGACUCUCGUUCUGAAAUUUGAUGGUGUUUUUGGGGUGAAAAAUUGUACGGGAGAUUUUACUUUUGAAGAGUUAAUUGGAUUUGUGAGCACGAAGUUUAAUGGACUGCAGCGUAAUAACGUGGCUAUGUCCUACAAUAUACCCGGUGGUUGUGAGGGUGUGUUGGGCGACGACGAUGAUGUUUUGUUCAUGUUGUCUUCCAUGAGGGAAUUGUCAAUGAGUCGGAUUGAUGUAGUUAUAAAACAGAGGUUGGGUGAUAGUAGGGGUUUGGUUGGGUUGGCUCCGGUGUUACCUAAUACGUAUGAACGGGAUGUUGAUCGAGGUGUUCUCAGUGUUAAUCCACGUAGCUUGGUGACAGCAGGUCCCCCGCAGUUGAUGACUGCUAGUUGGGCAAAUCUUAUUAUAGAUGUGGGGCAAGUGUUUGAAGGUGGUGCGAAGGAUUUUAGGAAGGCGUUAUGUCUUUAUGCUAUUGAGAUGGGUUUUGAAUUCCGGUAUGUGAAGAACGAGCGUGUUAGGGUCACUGCAGUUUGUAAGGAUAAGGACGUGAAGGACUGUAUGUGGAGGAUUCUUGCAUCGAUUGAGCACACAAAUGGUUUCUUUUAUAUUAGAAGAUAUGUCAAGCAUCACACCUGCGGCUCUGGAUUUGCUACGUCUAGUAAGAAGAGGUUGACGUCGGAUAUAAUUGCUGAGUUGGUGAUGUGCGAAGUCACAUCUAAGCCCGGGUGGGUGGCCAACGAUGUGGUUGUCCAUGCGAAACUUCAUUUUGGUAUUGAUAUCAGCUACUAUGUCGGUUGGAGAACUAUUCAGGCUUCUAGGGAACACAUUUUUGGUGAUCACACAACAUCGUAUUCGUAUCUGCCAUCAUAUUUUGAUGAACUUGUCAGGACCAAUCCUGAAAGUGUAUACCAUCUUGAUAUCGAUCAAGCAACUAAUCGGUUUCGGCGAUGUUUUUUUGUUGUUGGUGCUUGUCUAAUGGGGUUUAAGUCAUGCCGGCCAGUGUUGUCCGUUGAUGGUACGUUAUUGAAGGGGAAACAUAGGGAGAUUUUGCUUGCUGCUGUUGGUAAGGAUGGUCAAAAUGCAUUAUUCCCGGUGGUUUUUGCUGUUGUCAAUGAGGAGACUGAUUGCAACUGGGCAUACUUUUUUGAACACCUAAAGUCUGCGAUUGGGACAGAACGUACGUUGACAUUUGUGUCGGACCGUAACAACGGUAUAUUGAAAGGAGUGAAGAAUAUAUUUCCAGGUUGUUUCCAUUCUUUCUGUGUUUAUCACAUCGAGAAGAAUCUUAUGAACAAGUUUCGUGGUAGUACGGCCACUUUUCGUAAGGCGGUAUCUUUCCAAUUCAAUGCGUGUGUUUACGCAGCUACCAAAGAAGAAUUUGAUCAGAAUAUGGAGAACUUUAGGAAGAACGGUGGACCUAGGGUUGAUAACUUUUUAUGCAACUUACCUCCUGAAAAUUGGGUUCAUGCUUAUUUUGGUGGGAGGAGAUAUGGGCAGGUUGCGUCUAGUGGUGUAGAGUCGUGGAAUUCAAGCAUAUCUGAUGUUCGUGGAUUGCCGAUAACAAAUAUGAUUGAUGGCAUCAGAAGCAAAAUGAUGGUUGACAUGUUCUUUGCUAGUAAUGUUGCAUUGAAAUGGACAUCUGUGUUGUGCAAAAAAGUCCAAGAUAUGAUUGACGGGCUUGUUCAAGAUGCUAGAGUGAUCACUGCUCGUCAAGCAUCCGAUGACUUAUAUGAGGUGCUUAGCGAUCCGGUUGUUGUGGUCGACAUUCGUAGCAGAAGUUGCAGUUGUCGAAUGUGGCAGAUCAAUGGGCUGCCUUGUGUUCACGCGGUUUGUGUAUUGUUUAAGUACAAAAAGACUGGUGGGUAUGAUUAUUUAAACGAACAUGUUCGUACAGACUGUUAUAGAAGAGUGUAUUCUCACACCAUUGUUCCUUUUGUUACCGAUGCGGGUCGGCCUCCUGCUGUUGAAAUUGGUGCCCCUGUGUUCAAGCCGCAACGUGGUAGGCCGAAGAACAAAAGAAUUCCUUCUGUUGGGGAAAACAUCUCAAUGAAGAUUAAGUGCAGCAGGUGUAAUCACAUUGGCACACACAAUAAGAGAACGUGUAUUAGGAGCAUGGCUUAG